AGGUUUUGAUUGGCCGGGCGGUUGACGGCGAUGCUGUGGAGCUGGGUUCAGGGCACCGUGGGCGAGGAGGAAGCGGAGCGGCGGGUGAGGUGGCAGAGCGGGCGAGAGAGAAGGGCGGCAGGGCUGGGCCCGGUCCCGUCGGGCGAGGAUGAAGGCGUUGAUCCUGGUGGGAGGCUACGGCACGCGGCUGCGGCCCCUGACCCUCAGCACCCCCAAGCCCCUGGUGGAGUUCUGCAACAAGCCCAUCCUGCUGCACCAGGUGGAAGCCCUGGUCAAGGCAGGUGUGAAUCAUGUUAUCCUUGCUGUUAGCUAUAUGUCAGAACUUUUAGAGAAAGAGAUGAAAGAACAAGAGCAAAGGUUGGGUAUUCACAUCUCCCUGUCACAUGAGAAGGAACCGCUGGGCACAGCUGGCCCCCUGGCACUUGCCCGGGAACUGUUGGUCGAGAACUCCGAGCCUUUUUUUGUGCUCAACAGUGAUGUGAUCUGUGACUUCCCCUUCACCGACAUGGUGCACUUCCACAGGCAUCAUGGAAAGGAGGGCACAAUUGUGGUGACAAAAGUGGAGGAGCCUUCCAAAUAUGGUGUAGUGGUAUGUGAUGCAGAUACUGGGCUCAUACACCGCUUUGUUGAGAAACCCCAAGUUUUUGUCUCCAAUAAGAUCAAUGCUGGCAUGUACAUCUUGAAUCCAAGUGUGUUAGAGCGAAUCCAGCUGCGUCCAACUUCAAUUGAGAAGGAAAUUUUUCCAGUGAUGGCAGAGCAAGGCCAGCUGUAUGCCAUGGAACUCCAGGGGUUCUGGAUGGAUAUCGGGCAGCCAAAAGACUUUCUGACUGGCAUGUGCAUGUAUCUACAGUCCCUCCGGCUAAAGCAGCCUGAGCGGUUGCACUCAGGACAAGGCUUUAUGGGGAAUGUACUGGUGGACCCCACUGCCAAGAUUGGCUCAAACUGCAGUAUUGGUCCUAAUGUCACCAUUGGGGCAGGCGUGGUGGUAGAAGAUGGUGUCCGGAUCAAGCGUUGCACUGUUCUGAAAGGGUCACGCAUUCGUUCCCAUUCCUGGCUUGAAUCCUGUAUUGUUGGCUGGAGCUCCUGCGUGGGACAAUGGGUGCGGAUGGAGAACGUGACGGUGCUAGGAGAGGACGUCAUUGUGAAUGAUGAACUCUACCUCAAUGGUGCCAAUGUGUUGCCUCACAAAUCUAUUGCCGAAUCCGUACCAGAGCCACGCAUCAUUAUGUAGGCGUUCUGGAUGUUGAGUGUGGGUCCUGCUGAUUGGGAGCCUUCCUCUUCUGCCCUCUCAUGAGAUAUCCCACUCUGUGCCUUGGCUGUUGGGACUCUUUGCUGAAUUCUCAACUAAACUCUCCAAAUCAAAAUAUUAACUCUGCCUUGCUGCUGACCUCCUCUAACUCUUUGCUGGGCCUGCCCUGGGAGUGCAGCUAUGGGAAAGUAAUGUAGCAACCUCCGAAUUGCUUCUUGGAAGCAGGGUAGAGGAGGUUUACCUGCACCAGCAGUCCUCAUUUGGAAGGUCAGCAAAUGGGAAAUCAACUGCUUGUACUAACGAUGCUGAGAUAGCAGAACACCUCAGCCACUGCAAGAGAACAGGCUGAAAUAAGGAUGGGGAAAGAAACGGACAGCAUGCAAUGUGGUCACUUCAAGGUAGCACUUGGCUGCUGCUGAAGCACUUUGGGACACAAGAUGCAGUGUUUGUCAAGGGAACUCUUACUGCCUUACACAAACUGGCUCCCUUCCUCUAAAUGGCCAAUAACUCCAUCUAUUAUUUCAGAGUUCUGGAUAAUGCUCCAUUGUGUAAUGAAAACAUGAAAUAUUAUAUUAUAAUGAAUAAUG